AUGGCAUCCCCCUCAGUGUCCCUGUCCCCUCCAUGGUGUCCCUGUCCCCUCCAUGGCGUGCCCCUCACGGUGUCCCCUCCACGUCCUUGUCCCCCAGCCCCCGUCCCCAGCGCCGUCCCCGCCCCCCCCGGCUCCCUCCCGCGCCGCUCCCCUGCCGGUCCCUCCCGCCCGCCCGGUGCCCGAAACCGGCCGGGCGAGCCUUGCGCAAGGCGGGCGCCUCGGGCACGGCCCCCCCGCCCCGCCACGCCCGCCCCGGACUUCGGCCCCGCCGCCACCCCCCGGCCCCGGGGGUCCCCGCGGGGGCGGCGGGCGCGGGGUCCCCCCCGCUCCCGGGGGCGCACAGGGUCCCCUUUGUGCGCCGCGCCCCCUCCCCCGGCCCCCGCACAAAGCCGCGAUUGUGGCGGGCGGCACCGGGGGGAGGCCGGGCCCCCCCCAAACCGGGACCCCCGGGGGCACCGAGGGGUGCGGGCCCCCCCGGACCCGCCAGACGUGACUCAGGCCCCGGCGCGGGGGGAGCGGCGCUCAAAGGCGGCUUUGUCCGGCCCGCGACCCCUCCGGGGGCGGCCGCGGAGCUCGGGGCGCGCUCGGGAAGGGCCCCCCCCGCCCCGGCCGGGCUCUCGGAGCCCCCCCCGGGGCUAUAAAAAGGUCCCAGCUGCCGCGGCAGCGACCCCCCGCCCCCGCCGGCACGGGGGGGCCCGGAACGGGGGGUGCCGCGACCCCCGAGAAACACCCCCCGGGGUGUCGGGGGGCACCGUCCAGCCCUUCCCGGAGCUCUGA